AUGCCAUCAACUACCGCAGAAACACUCUCGCUCGUCAACAGGAACGUGUCAGUAGCGCCAUUAGUGCUGCUCUCAGCAACAGAUCACUACGCUCGUUCAGCAAAGGGCACACGCAAGCGAGUCGUCGGUGUCUUGUUAGGUCAGAAUGAUGGAAAGAACGUGAGGGUGUCAAACAGUUUUGCUGUGCCAUUCGAGGAGGAUGAGAAGGACCCGUCCGUGUGGUUCCUGGACCACAACUACAUCGAGUCGAUGAAUGAUAUGUUCAAGAAGGUCAACGCCCGUGAGAAGCUGAUCGGAUGGUACCACACUGGCCCCAAGCUGCGCGCCUCAGAUCUCGAGAUCAACGAACUGUUCAAGCGCUACACGCCAAACCCCCUUCUUGUCAUCAUCGACGUUCAGCCCAAAGACGUCGGUGUACCAACUGACGCCUACUUUGCUGUUGACGAGAUCAAGGACGACGGAACCACAACCGCAAAGACAUUCGUCCACACACCCUCGACCAUCGAAGCCGAAGAAGCAGAAGAGAUUGGAGUUGAGCACCUGCUCCGUGAUAUCCGUGAUGUUGCAGUCGGUACUCUUUCAACUCGCGUGACGUCGCAGUUGCAGUCGCUGCAAGGCCUGCAUCACCGCCUGCAGGACAUUGGCAAAUAUCUUGACAAGGUCGUCGAUGAAGAACUUCCCGUCAACCAUGCAAUCCUCGGCAAUCUCCAAGACGUCUUCAACCUCCUUCCCAACCUCUCAACUCCCAAGACCGCAAGUGCCAUCGGCCUCGCUGGCCCACAAGCAUCUGGCGACUCCGAGCUUGCCCGUGCCAUGAGCAUCAAGACCAACGAUCAGCUCAUGUCUAUCUAUCUCGGCAGUUUGAUCCGCGCCAUUACCGCCUUCCACGACCUCAUUGAGAAUAAGGUGCAGAACAAGCAACAGGCUGAAGACAAGGAGCAAAAGAAGGAGGAAGACAAGACAAAAGAAACCAUUAAGAAGACUGAGAAUCUGAUGUUGAACGGAGACGCUCCAGCUGAACAGCAAGGAAAGGAUGACAAGUCCAAGAGCCCCAAG